UAAAAAAUUAUAUGCAAUCUAAACUAUUUCGUCUCUUUAACACUGUUCAAAAAAUUUCAUUUUCACCAACAAAUUCACUUUUCUAUUCAAAAAAUAAAAUGUCCCAAGUUUUAGCCGGACAAAAAAUUAUUUUGAAAGACGAAAGCAAAGCAAAUGCUGAGGAAUAUUUAAAUGACAAAGUUGUUGGUCUCUACUUUUCUGCAAUGUGGUGCCCACCGUGCCGGGCUUUUACUCCAAAAUUGAAGAAAUUCUACGAGGACUUGAAGGCUGCAGGGAAGAAUUUUGAAGUUAUUUUUGUUUCUAGAGAUCGCUCAGCCAAUGACUUGAAGGAAUAUUAUAAUGACCAUCAUGGAGCGUGGACUUAUUUGGAAUUUGGCGAUCCGAAGAUUGACGAGUUUUUGUCCAAAUACGAAGUUAAAACAAUUCCAACUUUUCGUAUUAUAAAGCCGGAUGGAACUGUUGUGAUUGAAGAUGCUCGUACAGAAGUUCAGGAAAAAGGAGUUGAAAAUGCUUUGGCUUUGUGGGAUGAAUGGAUGGGGAAAUAUAAUGCUUGA